AUGUCCGCCGCAAAGUCGAGAAGUUCUUGUUCGUUCCCGAAUCUCCUGCUCUCUUGCUUCAACUUCCUUCUCUUCAUCCUCUCCGCGGCAUCUUUCGCCCCGGUGAUCCUCCUCAGAACGCCCCCGACUUCGCUCGGCCUCGCCUUCCUCGUGAUUUCGUCCAUGUCGCUCGUCUCCUCUUUUGCCGGCUUCUUCUCCCAGCUCACCCGCUUCUGUUUCGUGACCCACGUCUCGAUCCUCCUCGCCUCGCUGUCCGGUCUGGCGCUCGGGGUCCUGGCGCUGUUUGCCAAAGAAAGGUCGAGCCUUUCGCUGCUGAGGUCGCGGAGAGACCCGAAAGAGGCUAAGGUCCUGGUGAGGCUGGAGUGCGGGGUUCUGAUGGCGAUGCUGCUGAUGGAGUUGGCGGUGCUGGUGCUGACGUGCGCCCUGCACAGUCGCUGGGUGCGGGAGUACGAAGGGCUGGGCGCGGAGCGGGACGAGGUGGAGAAGAAGCGGAGCAUGAGGAUGGCGAGAGUCCAGGAGGAAUCGAUGGCGAACGCGGCUAAGAUCGCGGAUGUCAAAGCCAAAGAGUUGGAUGAGAGGAUGAGGUGCAAGUACGGGCAGUGGAUGAAGACCGAUUUCGGAGGCUGA